AUGGACGCGUCGGCUACCUCCUCACAUGAUGAUGAGAUGCUUGCACUAACACUGGGAGACGUUGAGCACUCGGAACGUCAUUCACAGAACAAAGAGAGUAUUGCAGAAACAUCAACAACAUUUGAGACCUUUAGUCACGAAAAUACCGAGCAGAAUGAAGCUCUUUCGAUGCCAUUGACGUUACCUGCUUCACCCACACUUUUGCCUCUAGCCUCAUCGCCCUCUUCAGCUAUUACGACCACGUCUGAAAGUCGUGCACCAAUUUUACGAUACAUAGCACUUGAUCGACAAGGUGUAACGGUUAGUGAACAAUACUUCCAUAGCGCUGCUGGGGAUUUUAAUGCUGAGAUGCAAAAAUCUAAUGACGAAUAUCGACGUUUAACCGAUGCAAUCAAUCUGAACGUAUCAAAUGAUACGAGUACAGUAACAAGUCGGUUAGUUUCUUCUCCACGCAAAGGUAAGAAAAGAAGACAAGGUACUAAUGUCAGCAUCGACCUACAGACAAAAAUCCGUAUCAUUGAAGUGGCAGAGCAAUACCAAUACGACCCAAAGAGUUCCAAUCGUAGCAAACAGGAAGGUGGAGGUAUGACAGGAAUACAUGGCAAGGAAAUUGUGAAUGGCAUUCGAUUAGCGGAGCAAUUUGGGCUUAAUAAGAGCACUGUGAGUCGAAUUUUGAAGCGCAAGGAGGAGUUUAAAAAGGCUUUCUACAAGGACAACAUCUCUGGUUGCUCGAAGCACAUUAACAAAAAGUCUAAAUUUGAUAAACUCAAUAGACUGGUUGAAAAUUGGUUUGAUACUAACCGAGAGAAGAACGGGACGAUCACAGACACUUUGAUCCGUGACGUUGGAAAGAAGUAUGCAGAUGAGUUAGGUAUUGAGGACUUUCGUGGGUCGAAUGGAUGGGUCCGCAGUUUGCGCAACCGCAAGGAGCACACUGCACGUAGCAAUGUGUCGGGUGAGGAACGGGAAGCUGAACAGAAGAAAAAGGACAAGGAAGCCAUUGAGCGCAUGCGAAAUAUAUUCCCAAAUGGAGUUAAGGACAUGGCUAGCUUUUUUAAGGACCUCUCGACGUACUUAGAGAAAGAUGGCGCUGGUAUGGGUGGUUUUGAAGACCUAAGCGAUAAUACCACAUGUAACAGCGGCAGUAGUGACAGCGCAAAACAUGCUAGCGCUAUGUUAGCUGGUGCAUCGUGUACGGAUAUAGACGACGGUAAUCAAGCCAAAGAUGAUGUAUCAAUCGCUGAUGAGUUUCUCAAAAAGAAAAUGAUUGAGUCUCUACGCGUAUGGUCACAGGAGCUGAUGACAUCCGAAUUUGUGAAGCUUAAAAAGCGUAUGAAACCACGGCAGGCAGCAAUUUUAUAG